AUGGCACUAGUUGAUAAAGUGAUAUCAAUUCUGACCAUUCCUGAUCAAAAUACAAACGAUUCGAUCGUCAACUCGACUGAUUUAUACGCGCAAUGGGCGAGUGAAGAGGGCUACCUGCUCGCACCCCUACUACUCGUUUUUACCCUCAUUUUUUGCUGCAUUUGUGCUGGAAUUCAAAUCACUCUCUUUGUUUUGUUCAUGUGCAUUCGAAAGCUGAUCGGAGCCGACGAGGAUGAAGAAGAUUUUGGAAUUGAGAACGACAGUGAAAAAGGAGAAAAGUCUCAAAAAUCGAUGGGAUCUGAUGCGGCAUCAAAAACACCUGAAGAUGGAACUCCGAGGAGCAGAAAAUCAUUGAUCUCAUCUCAGAACAGUAUUCAGGAUUCUGUGUGA